AGAAUCAACAAGCCGUCUGAUCUGGAGAAGACUGUCAUUUUCAUCGAAUCACAAAUCCAUGCCAGAGAAUGGAUCACUUCAGCAACCACCACCUGGAUCUUCAAUGAAAUACUCAACAACCCUGAAUAUGCAAGUGUCUUGGAUGAGUUCGAUUUCCACUUUGUGCCAGUGGUGAAUCCAGAUGGCGUUGCUUACACUCACACCAACGACAGGUUGUGGAGAAAAACCAGGUCCCCCAAUGACAAUGGAUGCUUUGGAGCUGACCCCAACAGAAAUUGGGAUGCAUCUUUUGGAGGGCCCGGAACCAGUGAUGAUCCAUGCUCAGAAAUUUACCACGGAGCUUCUCCAUUCUCCGAAUCCGAAGUGAAGGCCGUUUCUGAUUACAUCUUGGAGAAUAGUGCUGCCAUUGCUGCGUUCUUUGACAUUCACUCUUACAGCCAACUCGUUCUGUUGCCUUGGGGAGACUCCGCGGAUUUGCCAGAGGAUUACGAUGAAUUGUAUCGUGUCGGCAAAAUCUUCCAGGACCAUGUCGCAAUCCUCUACGGCACUGAAUAUAUUACCGGAAAUAUUGCUGAUGUCAUUUAUUUGGCAGCGGGUGGAUCCGUGGACUGGGUGAAAGCAACCGCUCAAGUCAAGUACUCACACGCACUGGAACUCAGGGACACUGGCGACUACGGCUUCCUUUUGCCGCCCAGCCAAAUCAUUCCCAGUGGGGAGGAAACCCUCUUGGGAUUAUUGGCACAAUUGUCCGCUAUCCGAAGCGCCACCAUCAAAAUUAUGAAGUCUGCAAUUUUGAUCCUCUGCUUGAUCGGCGUGGCUUCGGCCGCCGCCGCCAGCACCACGACCGCCGUCCAGGCGACACAAACCAAGGGUGUCAUCACUGAUAUCCUGGAUUUGUUCAACUGGGCCGUUGGCUUGUUGGAGCAGUUCGGUAUUGACAUCAUGGACAUUCUUGCCCAGUUCUUGCCCGCUGAUUAUGACAGAAUUAUGAAGUCUGCAAUUUUGAUCCUCUGCUUGAUCGGCGUGGCUUCGGCCGCCGCCGCCAGCACCACGACCGCCGUCCAGGCGACACAAACCAAGGGUGUCAUCACUGAUAGAGACAUCAUUUCCGACCUGCUGGCCGCCAUCCAAAUCAUCACCGACUUGGGCUCGGCAGCUUUCGCACAACUCGUGGAUUUGAUCCCAGAACCCAUCUUGUCCAUUCUUCAGGCUCUCUUUGAGUCGGGUCUUUAUUUUAAAGGAAGUAGAGUAUUCAUCUGA